UUUACUCGCCGUCUCCUCGAAGCCAACGGCGAGAACACCAAACCACCCCAGAAGCCGCCGCGACGAGUUCUCCUUCACUUCCGCGACCGCGACGAGCAACGACGACCACGGCGACGAUGGCCGCUUCCUCCCUCAGCCACCUCCUCCUCCUCCUCGUUGUCGUCGCCGUCGCGUCGGCGUGCCUCGGCGCCGCUGCAGCGCAUCAAGUCGGGUCUGGCGAGGGGUACACGAUCGCCGGUCGCGUCAAGAUCGACGGUGUGAGUGCGAAGGGCUUUGGUCUUCCAGCCAAGACAUCAAACACAAAAGUGAUACUCAAUGGUGGUCAGAGGGUUACAUUUGCUCGGCCAGAUGGCUACUUUUCAUUCCACAAUGUGCCAGCUGGAACUCAUUUGAUUGAGGUCUUCUCAAUUGGCUACUUCUUUUCCCCAGUUCGAAUAGACAUCAGUGCCAGGAAUCCUGGAUAUAUUCAAGCAGCAUUGACUGAAACCAGAAGAGUUCUAAAUGAGCUUGUGCUGGAACCUCUGAAAGAAGAGCAGUACUAUGAGAUAAGGGAACCUUUCUCCAUUAUGUCACUUUUGAAGAGCCCCAUGGGGUUGAUGGUCGGUUUUAUGGUCAUAAUGGUCUUCGUGAUGCCCAAGAUCAUGGAUAACAUAGAUCCUGAGGAGAUGAAACAAGCUCAGGAACAAAUGAGGAACUCCCCUGUAUCGUUAUCUGGCUUGCUAGCCAGAGCGCAGAGCUAGAAGUAGAGCUUGAUCUAGUUUAUGAUGUGAUGAAGAGCAGUACUAAAGUGGUUCACGCUUCGCUCAGAGUAUAUUUUCCGGGGACAAGUUGGAAACUCUUUCCCCUAUUUUUGCUGUAUUUUAUGCUGUAAUUGGUCUGUAUUGUAGAACCUGCUGAAACCCCUAGCGGAACUAGUCGUGCAUUAUUAACAUAUACCUAAGAUUGUGUUCAUUAUGUCAUAUUUGAAUCAGUUGAAUAUUUGAUGCCUUGUUGAGUCA